AUGGCUUUCAGGCAGAGAACACUGACUCUUCGUCCUAACCUUUCUAUUCGUCGCGUCUAUGAAACUUUUCAGCCAUGUUCAGAGAUAAAAGAUCUACCAGAAGCUUACCUUCUACGUCUUUAUCUUCCUGGUUAUGCAGAGGAUGAUAUAGGUGCUGAAUUUGAGUAUGACUAUAGAAGAAGAGUUAGGGUUUUUGGUAGACGAUCACUUGGAGAUAACAGAUCAAUCCGCUUCAACAUUGCAUAUGCAGUUCCUAUGAAUUGUGACGUGAACAAGCUAAAGGGUGUGUUCCAAGGAGAAAUUUUUAGCAUUAUAAUGCCAAAGGUAACCAUACCAAGGGAAGUGCAAGAUGACAUAAUGAAAACCUGUGAGGCUUUAACUUUACCAAAAAGUGAUUCUGUGCCUCAAAAGGGUGAAGAAGGAGUUUCACAAGAUGCCAAGAAUCAAAGAGAAGUGAGUUUUGAAAGCAGUGAAAAGAGAAGGGUUGAAAGGAAAGAAACAAAGGAUGAAAGUGAGAAUGGUUCUGCAUCAGGAAAACCACCCCAGAAAGGAAAAAAUGAAGGUGUCAUGGAUGAGACAAGUUCCAUCAGAAGGAGUAAGCUUGGUGAUAUUGAAUGUAAAAUUGGUGAGAGAAAGGGCAAAGAAAAAGUGGAAAUGAAUAGUAAAAUUGGUGAUGUUGGAUCAGCAGAAAGGAUUAGGAUAAAGGAGGUGGCUGCUACUGCUUCACAAGCUGUGAGAAGUUUGAUAAAAGGGUUCAAUGAAGAAGAUAAGCAUCUGCUACUGUAUACUAGUGUAACGGUUCUAGUGUUGGCUCUAGGGGUUUAUACCUCUUACAAGCUUCGUUCUUUAGCUAAAUAA